AAAGUUUCGAAGUGUCAAAUGGAACGCAUGCGUAGAGAUCGAUCAAAAGACUUAAUUGGUUCCGCUUGAUUUCUAUACGCUUGUUUUUGUUAUGGACGGAAUAUUAUAAUUUUGGGUGCAUAAAAGGAAUGUAAUGACGAUGCCCGUCGAACCAAUAAUAGGAAGAUGCCUUUUAAUGUGUCCGGAAAAAGAACGACGGAUGAGAGAGAGAGAGGGUUUGUUACACAAAUAUGAGGUUGAUGAGGAAACAAAAGACAUGAGGAAGCGUAAGGCUGAUCCUACCAAAAUUAUAAAGAGUUUUAGUCGCUCUGCUGCUGGUCAAGAUAUGACAGAUCCCUACUCGUUACGCCCGCCACAUGUAUUAUUAUCCACUAUCCGAUACUUAUUCACCGAGAUAAUCACGCGAACGGAUUUAGAUUGGACAUUAAUAUACGAUUUUGUAUUCGAUCGAUUGAGAUCAGUGCGACAAGAUGCUGUAAUCCAAAGAAUAGAUAUUACUACAAACAUUCUUCUUUUAGAACCGAUCGUCCGAUUCCAUACUUAUGCUGCACAGAGGCUCUGCGAAAAAAAGGUUUCGGAAUUUGAUGCAAAAAUAAAUAAUAAACAUUUAUUAGAAUGUCUCAAACAAUUACUCGUAUUAUACGAUGAACGAGAUUAUAAAAAUAGAAAUAAUAUAGAAAUACACGAAGCACUCGAAAAAUUAGCGUUAAACGACAGUCGAUCGGAGAUGGAAGCUUUAUAUAUCCUUCUCCAUAUCGGAGAUCAAGAAGUUUUAAAAAGAGCUCUUACUCUUUCUUCAGAUCUGAGUAGAAAUUCACCGGCAAUUCAAAUAGCCACGAAAAUAUCACUUGCUUGGUAUCUAAGAAAUUAUGUUCGUGUUUGUUAUUUGGCUCAACAAUUACCUCCAAUUUUGGCUUGUGCAUUUUUUUGUAACUUACAGAGUUUCAGAAGAAGUGUUCUACAAAUCAUGAGUUUUGGCUAUAAUAGCAAAGUGCUGACAUUUCCAGGACUAAAACUACAAAAACUUUUAUUCUAUAAAGAUAUUAGUAGAGUCCAGGCAGAUUGCAACUUAUUUGGUUUGACAUUUACUAAUGAAAAUGUUUUAUUUCAAAAAUCACAGUUUAACGAGCAAGUCUUGCAAGCCAAUCCUGAGAUGUAUUACACUUCUGCCACGUUACAUAAAUUUAUACCAAAAAUUCUGUUGGAAUGUACCUCUAAUUAGUAAUAAAUGUUGAUGUACUCUCCUAAUA